UGACAUUUUUGACAGUACCAGAAAAAGAUAAAAUUCACAACAAACAUGUCGUCCUUAAAAACGAUUUGGAAUUGUAUGUUUUCACCAAAAUUAUUUCAAAUUUACGGCGGCGGUCCAUCAGAGAGAGCCUAUCAGCCACAACGUCUAGAAAAAUGGGGCGACCAAGUCAUCAAUUCUAUCUAUGUAAUCUGGAAGCUUGGAGUCUAUACCAGUCCCUUCUGGGGCAUUGUCCUAUACAACAAAGGCUACUUUGAGCCACAAGGACUAGCCUUCAUAUCAAAAUUUGUCACUGGAGUGGGUGUGAUCCUGAUAGUAUCAUUUUGUAUUCGUAGCCUGGGCAGAGCUCAGAACUCCACCUAUACAAAAUUUUUAGAGGUUCUCAGUAGAGCAGAUGAGAAUGUGUCAAUCUGUAAACCUGAACUAAUGAAAUAUGAUUUUGAGUUUAAGGCAUGGCCUGUUGAGUAUGAUGUGAGUGAUAGGAAGGCUAUUUUAAGUAAACCUGUAAAAGUCACAUAUAAUACUACACUCGAGUAUUUAGUAUGCUUACCAUUUAAAGUCAUAGCAUAUUUGGCCAUUCAUUCUUUUGGCAUUAGGCUUGUUUAUCCUGGUAGUGUUAGCAUUUUGCAAACCAUCUUAGAUGGCAGUUUGCUGCAAGGGAGAAGCCGGCUAGUAGAAUUUUACCGGGGUGAAAGAUUUAAGAUCAAAUCAGCCGAUGGAAACGUAGUAGAUUCAAUGUUCCUAGAUCGAAGAAAUUCCCAUGCUCAUGGAGAAACGUUGGUAAUUUGUUGUGAAGGAAAUGCAGGAUUUUAUGAAAUUGGUACAAUGGUUACCCCUUUAGAAGCAGGCUAUUCUGUUUUGGGGUGGAACCAUCCUGGGUUUGGAGGAAGCACAGGAAUGCCUUAUCCAUCCCAAGAACAAAAUGCUAUUGACGCUGUUAUUCAAUUUGCUAUUAACAAGUUGGGUUUCAGAGUAGAAAAUAUUAUGUUUUUUGGGUGGAGCAUAGGAGGUUAUACCAGUUCUUGGGCUGCAAUGACUUACCCUGAUAUUAAGGGAGUGGUUAUCGACGCAACAUUUGACGACAUAUUGCCUCUAGCCUUAAAUCAUAUGCCGCGCUGGUGGGCGCCCAUAGUAAAAUUAGCAAUAAGAGAGCAUGUUAAUCUCAAUGUAUACGAACAACUGUCCAAAUAUCCUGGACCUAUUUUGCUUAUAAGGCGCACGGAGGAUGAAGUGAUUUGCACCAAAGAAGGUGAAUUGUCUUCUAAUAGAGGCAACAAUUUGUUAGUUAAGAUUCUAACAAACAGAUACCCCUGCAUCUAUGAAUCUCCUCAGCUUCAGAUUUUAAUGGACUACCUGGCAGUAACAGGAGCUAAUCAAGAAAGAAUCCUGCAAAAGUACAAUGUAGAUGAGACAGUAUGUAUGUCUCUACUUCAGUCAUAUAUAUCAGAAUAUUCAAAGUCUUAUCCCAUGAAAAUUGGAGAGGAAUUUAAUUCUGCAGAGAAAAUUCAAAUGGCACUGUUUUUAGCAAGUAAAUAUUUAAAAGACUUUAAAGCAACUCAUUGUGUGUCUUUGCCGUGGGAUAUGUUCUCCACACCAUGGGAUAUAAAUGUAGAAUCUGACUAUAUAUUUACAUAAACUACUAAUAAUAGUAAAAAGGCAUAGAUAUGUUUGUUGAACCUCAUAUCAGAAUAUAUUCACCUCUAAAAAGAUUGUUGUUUUUAAUAAAUAGAUUAUAGAUAAUUGACAUUUUUCAGUGUUUUGUGUAGUAUAGUCUUAAAAUGCAGAAAAGCUAAUAAAAAAUUAUAUGGUUGUGAAAAGAUGGUAAAGUAUUAUUUUCUGCUGAUUAAUUUUGUAAAUAUAGGCCGUUAUCAUUCUUUGAAUAAAUUAAUUUAGAACUAAUAA